CGCGCGCGUCUCCUCAGGGCCUUCUCCCAGGUCCAGGCCUGGACCCUGUCUUCUGGGCCGCAGAUGCUGCUCUCUAAAGUGAAAGUGAAAUGAGGAAAGAGGGCCAAGUGGUCUGUAGGGGAAGGGUAAUUAGCAUCUGUGUCAAGGUUUACACUACCGUUCCACCGUCCAGGCUUGCCUAACAGAUGGAGUGAAGCUUCAGAGACUCACUGAGGAGGAAGAAAGAGGACCUCCCUCCUGACUCUUUAGAGAGUGGGUGGAGAACUCUUGCAGUAUCCUUGAGUGUUAUCCAGUAAGAAGAUCUUAAACUGGUGAAUUUAUCAUUGGGUUUUCUGUGGUGAUCAGAGCACUCGCUACAUCCUUUCUCCAUCGGGAAGGGAAAAAAAAAAAAAAAAAGCGACACUGUUCCUGCACACACUGUCAGACUUAUGAGGCCACAAUUGACAUACAUGCUUGAAGGAGAAAGUGCUCUAUUGUGUCUUGUUUUUCCGUUCGAAUUAUGUCCUCCUGAGACUGUGGCUGACCCUUAGGCCCAUGGCCGUCCUGAAUGUGAUUGACAUGCGUGAUUAGCAGGCAAGUGAGAGAGAACCAGGGAAAUUGCUAUCAAAACAAUUACAUACAGGGACAUCUGAACAAUGGCUUGAGAGCCCCCAGGGACUUAGAGACCAUCCUAGCUCUGCCACGGAUGCCCUCUGGGACUGUGGCCAAGUCAGAUCAUCUCUUUGUGUCUUCGUUUCCUCCUGGUUCCACAAACUAUAUACCCUCUCCUUAGGAGAAGCAGAGAACAUCACUGAUACUUGGAGAAGUGGUUAUGGUGCCAUGACGUGGACAGAAUCGAAUUCAUCAUUGGACCCCUGGAACCUCUCAUCCAGGACCCCAAGUGUGUGCUUUUGAAGACUUUAUUUCACUCCUGACUGAUUAGAGAUCUACUGGAAGGAAAACAGAUACAAAUUGCUGUCUUGUCUGGAAUCACAUGUACUCAGGUGACAAUUUACAGAAAGUCAACUCUGCAACUUGAUGGGCGACAACCCUUUUCAGCCAAAAAAUAAUUCAAAAAUGGCAGAACUCUUUAUGGAAUGUGAAGAAGAAGAGUUGGAACCAUGGCAGAAGAAAGUAAAAGAGGUUGAGGAUGAUGAUGAUGAUGAGCCAAUCUUUGUUGGAGAGAUAUCAAGUUCAAAACCAGCAAUUUCAAAUAUUUUGAAUAGAGUAAACCCCAGCUCAUAUUCAAGGGGAAUAAAGAAUGGUGCGCUCAGUCGAGGUAUUACUGCUGCAUUCAAGCCUACAAAUCAACACUACACGAACCCAGCAUCAAAUCCAGUGGCUGCCUCGCCUGUAAAUUUUCAUCCUGAAUCUAGAUCUUCAGAUAGUUCUGUUAUUGUUCAGCCUUUGUCUAAACCUGGUUACAUAACAAACUCAUCACGAGUUGUGUCUAAUAAUUCUUCAGAGUUACUAUUUGAUUUGACCCAGGAUACAGGAUCAUCACAUUACCAAGGGGGACCGACGCUUUCUAUACCAGGUAUGAAUGAAAGUUCGUUUUUAUCAAAACGUCCUUCUACUUCUGAAGUAAACAGCGUUAAUCCAAAAAAACCUAAGCCCAGUGAUGGUGUUUCUGGAAUAAAUUCUUCAGCUGUAUUUCCUUCAGUUAAGUCUCUUUCAGUGACAUCUCCCCAGGCUACAUCAUCAAAAGGUACAAAUACCUCAUCAAAUCAAUCUAAAAAUGGAACACCUUUUCCAAGAGCUUGUCCAAAGUGCAAUAUUCAUUUUAAUCUUUUGGAUCCUUUGAAAAAUCACAUGAAGUACUGUUGUCCAGACAUGAUAAAUAACUUUUUAGGACUGGCUAAAACAGAAUUUUCAAGUACAGCAAAUAAAAAUAAGACUGUUGAUUCAGAGAAAGGAAAAUUGAUCAUGUUAGUUAAUGACUUUUAUUAUGGAAAACAUGAAGGAGAUGUUCAGGAAGAACAGAAGACUCACACAACCUUUAAAUGCUUCAGUUGCUUGAAAAUUCUUAAAAAUAAUAUUAGGUUUAUGAACCACAUGAAACACCACUUGGAACUUGAGAAGCAGAGCAGUGAGAGCUGGGAAAACCACACCACCUGCCAGCAUUGCUACCGUCAGUUUCCCACACCAUUUCAACUGCAGUGUCACAUUGAAAGCACACAUACACCUCAUGAAUUUUCUACCAUUUGCAAAAUCUGUGAAUUAUCAUUUGAAACAGAGCAUAUUCUUUUACAACAUAUGAAGGACAAUCAUAAGCCCGGUGAAAUGCCAUAUAUUUGUCAGGUUUGCAAUUAUAGAUCAUCAUCAUUUUCUGAUGUGGAAACUCAUUUUAGAACAUCCCAUGAAAACACUAAGAACUUGCUAUGUCCAUUUUGCCUCAAAGUUAUUAAAAUUGCAACACCCUACAUGCAUCAUUAUAUGAAGCAUCAGAAAAAAGGAAUACAUCGUUGUACAAAAUGCAGACUGCAGUUUUUGACAUGCAAAGAGAAAAUGGAUCACAAGACUCAGCAUCAUAGAACAUUUAUAAAACCUAAACAACUAGAAGGAUUGCCUCCUGGAACAAAAGUUACUAUUCGAGCUUCAGUUGGACCUCUUCAGUCAGGAUCUUCAACUACAUCUUCCAUUAGUGCAAGCACUUCUACUCUUCAGCUCUCACCUCCAAGGACUAAAAAUAUAACUGCUAAAAUUCCCACAAAAUCUAACACAACCAAACCUAGUACAACUAAACCCAAUACAAGUAAACCUAAUGCAAGUAAGCCUAAUGGAAGUAAAUCUAAAUAUAAAUCAAAAAUCUCUAAUAUACAAAAGAAACAAAGCACAUUGGCUAGUAGCAAUAAAAAAAGUAAAGUCAAUACAGCAUUGAGGAACUUAAGGUAUCGUCGGGGAGUUCACAAGUGCAUUGAGUGUUGUUCCGAAAUAAAAGAUUUUGCAAACCACUUUCCUACGUAUGUCCAUUGUAGUUUUUGCAGAUACAACACUAGCUGUAGCAAAGCCUAUGUAAAUCAUAUGAUGAGCUUUCAUAGUAAUCGUCCAAGUAAAAGGUUUUGUAUUUUUAAGAAGCACUCAGAAGAUCUCAGGGGCAUUACUCUAGUGUGCCUUAAUUGUGAUUUCAUAGCUGAUGUUUCUGGCUUAGAUAAUAUGGCCACACACUUAAGUCAACAUGAAACUCAUACUUGUCAAGUUGUAAUAGAGAAAGUUUCUGUUUGUAUCCCAACUUCUGAACAUCUUUCUGAAUUAAAAAAUGAAGCUCCCACUAAGGAACAAGAGCCUGUGUCUGAGGAAAUUACAAGAACUAAUAUGGCUGAAGGAGAAACAGAAAUAUCAAAUUCUGAAAGUAAACAAGAUAAAACUUCUUCAGAGGAAGAAAAAAAUGAAUGUGUUACAAAUUCAUUUGAAGGCUCAUUAGCAACAAAAAAUGAAGAAAGCAUAACAGUGUCAAAUAAGGAAAAUGAUACCUGUCUUGAAGAUCAGAAAACUGGCUUAAAGAAUAUCUUCAGCCAUGAUUCAAAUAUUGAUGCAGAUAAAGUAGAAAAGGAAAAACAAAUAGAGCACGUUUGUCAGAAAAUGGAGUUGAAGAUGUGCCAAAGUUCAGGAAACAUAAUUUCUUGUGAUCAGAAUGAAGAUUCCAACUCCAGUGAAGCUAAGUUUUCUUCAAAGAAUGUUAAGGAUUUGCGGUUAACAUCUGGUGAUGUUAGCAUUGAUCAAUUUUUGAGAAAAAGAGAUGAACCUGAAUCUAUUAGUUCUGAUGUUAGUGAGCAAGGCAGUAUUCAUUUAGAACCUUUGACUCCAUCAGAGGUACUUGAGUAUGAAGCCACAGAGAUUCUUCAGAAAGGUAGUGGUGAUCCUUCAGCCAAGACUGAUGACGUAGUAUCUGAUCAAACUGGCAGUGUUCCUGGAGAAAAUAGCCCUAGCACAACAGAGACAACAGUAGACCUGGCAGAUGAAAAAGAAAGAAGUUGAAAUUUAUUAGUCAUUCUAAGUUUAGUGUACCAACGGUAAUAACAUUUGGAACAGUGCUAUCAGGUGAACUCAGUGGUGCUGUUCUGUAGAGUUCAGAAAUAGAAAAAUGUGAGGGAGGUCAUUCAUCUACACUUUACCUGUAUGUUCAAUCCAGGUUAUUAAAGAAAUCAAUUCACCCAUAAUAGCAUGAUUUGUAUGGAUUUCCAAAAAGCCUUUAAAACUAUUAUGGAUUUUAAUGAAAGCUAAGUUUGCAAUGGAAAAGUCUCAUUUAACAGUUUUUGAAGAGAAGUUGGUGGCCAGUAUGAAUUGAUUUUUAGAAUAUUAAUUAUAAUGAUAAAGCUUUUGAAACUUCCAUCAGUCCUAAGCUAAAAGUUCUUAGUACCUAUAUAUUCUUUUCAGGUUACUUAAAGGAAGAGAUUUGGAAACCACAUACCUUUUGGGAGUAAUUGAUUUAAAGUAAUGGCUGAUAGGCAUUGUUAAUGAAGGCUUCAUUUCGAGUAUGAUGCUGGUAAAGGGGCAUGCUUAGAGUGCUAAGUUAAUUGAUCUAAUGAGAAUUUGGAUGAACGUAAAGUUAAUUUUGGAUUUAAUAUAACAUUCCAGACUGUCACAAGCAUGUAAACAGAGUAUUUGAAUCUGUGUACCUCCCUACAAGUGUGAGCCUGCAAGGCUGUAAGCUUACCUUAAUUAAACUUUCAGUGAAAGUGACAUUAUUAAUAUGUAAAUUUAUAUUUGUGCUUUUUGUCAGUGUGUAAGCUGUGCAGAAAUCCCUUGAUGUGCUAGUUGUAUAAAAUAGAAACCCAUUGUUGAAACUCCUGUAGCUAUUAUGCUUUUAAUAUUGUUUUAAUGAUCUUUAGAAAUAGACCCAUAAAAAUGGUCUGGACACCAAACCAAAGUAUGGUAUAAUGUAGAUAUUGUAAAGCAGUAAACUGAAAACAUGUCCUGGCUCAUGCCAUGUUUAAGUGACUUUUUCUUUAAUUGUAAAAUAGAAACUUCAAAUGGGACCUAAAGCAGUGAUGUAAAAAAUUGGUUUGGGACAUUUAGUCUAAUUUAUCCAUAUCCUAUUUUAUCCAUAAAAUGGCUGCUAAAUAGAUUUUUCAGUUGUUUUUUUAUCAUCUAGAAAAUAGUAGAUAUAGAAAUAAAUAAUAUGGAUAAAGUAGUUUGCUUUAAAGUACUUAAAAUUUUAUUUAAAAUGCUACAUUUUUACUUCUUAAAAUGUGCUUUGAAUUCUUAAAUUUUGUUUCAUUGAAUGUUAAAUGUUUUACAUGGCUAUUAAAAUUCUGCUGUAUAUAGUAGUUUUUGAGUAAAUAUUUGCAAUAAAAAUCUGUCCCUGAAUAAUUUUAUUUUUCAGAAACCUGCUUGAGUUGGAUUACCUUUGGCGCCUUUAGAAAUUGUAUACUUGUUCAAGGAAAUUUCAUGUUGAAGUUAGUGGUAGGAUUUCAUUCUGUAUUCUUUAAUUGAUGCAUGAUUUAUUUUAAAUUAGGACUUAAAGUACAGGGGAAAAUACUGUUAAUAUUUACAGAGAAUAUAUCUGCUUUAAAAAUUCUUUUAUUGCAAGAGAAAUAUAAUUUACUAUUCUAGUUUUCUAUCUGCCCAGCAAAGUAAAAAGAGUAAACAGGCAAAAUAUAUUACUGACUUACUUUCUUGAAAAGUUUUUUUUUUGAGGGGGUCACAUAUUUUCAUCUUCCCUGCUACCAAGAAAAGAUAGGGAGAGAGGGACUUUUUAGCUGUUACCCUUCACCUUGUUGAAACAUAAAACUAUAGCAGACAAGAUUUUUGGAGUAAUUUAAACCUUAGAAAUGAAGGAGUAGAAGAAAGUCUAUGUAAAGACUAUUUUCUGAAUCUUAUUCAAUUAAUCGGCUGGCAGAUCACCUAAUGUACAAAACCCUAGAUCACUGUUCCAAAAUAAGUCUCUAAUGACACUGUUAUCCCUUUGAGCUUUGGGUAGUUCCUUCUUCUGUGGCUAUAUACCUUUAGAGUAGUUGUGUUCAACAUAGCUAAUCAGUGAACUGUUUAUGCCUAUCCGUUAGGAGAAGAGGAAACUGUACCAAACUCUAAGGAAAGUCUGGCAAUGAAAACAAAAGUGUAGUUGAAAUAAGCAUCGUAUUUGGUAACAUAAUUGGUUUAUGUUCUCAUACCAUCUCCUUAUUUCCAUUGAGGAACAAACAGUUCAGGUGCACAGACCAAGCCUUUGAGUAGCAGUGCUUUAGAACAGCGGACAGCAAACUUCUGUGUAGGGCCAGAUAGUAAAUAAUUGUGGACCAUACGGUCACAAUUAUUCUCAACUCUUCCUUGUAGCUUGAAAGCAGCUGUAGAUGUAAUGUAAAUAAUAGCCUGUUUGUGUUCCAAUAAAACUUUAUUUACAAAACAAGAAUGUUUGGCCCAUGGAUUGUGGUUUGCCUUUGCCUGCUUUAGAGUGCUUAGACUGACUUAAUCUGACACUGAAAGCCAGUGAUGCACUCUAGUGACUGUUUGCCUAGGAACUACCCACCAAGGUGCCUUAGUGUAUAAUAGUUCCCUGUUACCUGACAAUAAACUUAGGAUUGAUUUUAAGUGCAGUUCAGUGACACUAAGAAGCAUUAUAUUCAUUUUGUGGAUAUACUUUUAAUUUACAUUGAAAAUCUGAGUGCCAUAUUUAUUUGUAUUCUUUCUUUCCCAUUGUGUCUCUCCAAUAGGGAGGAAAUUGGAAUUUUUUUCAUCCAUGAAUUUUUUUAAGAACUAUUCUAAACAUUUUAAAAAGGAACUGAUAAUAUACAAGUCACUUUGUUUUAGCUGUAAGUAAAAAGAUGAGGAAACCAAAUAUCUAGGCAAUUAUUGGCCUAAGGUUAAAAAGCUAAGAUUUGAAUGAAAUUUGAUCUUGAUUCUGAAACAGAAUCUGAAGCAGGCUUCAAGCUCUGAGGUGUCAGCGCAGAGCCUGACUCAGGGCUCGAACUCCCGAACCAUGAGAUCAUGACCUGAGCCAAAGUUGGAUGCUUAACCAACUGAGCCACUAAAGAUAUACUUUAUAUAAUAAUUAUAUAAAUUUAACAUCAUUAAAUUUUUGUAGGCUUCUGUAAUGUCAUUUUUUACUUCAUGGUUGACACGAUCAUUUUUGUUCCAUCAAAAUCAUUACUCCAAAACCACUCACUUGUACUGACUUCAAUGAAAUAGUACUUUUGUAUGUAUGUAGACACUAGAGAAGAAGUGCAAAUAUUUCAUUUUUACUAGAUUACCUUAACAAUAAGACUUGUUUUUUCAGUUAAGAAAUGAAACAUUUAACUUACCUAUUUCUAAGUAUUAAAAGAGAGAAAGUUAUUUUUAAAUUAUUUUUUCAAAUGAGACACAUGUGCAGAUCCAUGUAGACAAAAAAAUAGUAUUAGAUUUUUCAAAGUUAUGGCAAUGUUUAAUUUUUACCCCAAAAGCUAUAAAUUAAAAGAUACUUGUAAGGAAUUAAACACAUCUUUAGCAACAAAUGUAACUUUGUAGAGGAAUGAGAUAUCCUGAGAAAUCACUUUUACAGUUAUGUAUAAAUUGCAUGUUAAAAAUAUUAGAAAACCAGUUUCAUUAUUUAAAUGAAUAUACUAAGCAUAAUUUAGUCUUCUUUGAUGACACAGUGUAUCACCAUGAAGAUUAUUGAGCUAAGCUGUAAAUGAAGCCAUAGCUAUAGAUGUUAAUGGCCUGAAUACCUGCUGAUCACAGAAGUUACCUUGGAUUUUGGUUUCUAGAAAAUAUCGCAGAUACAUCUGGGGUCAUUUGGCUUUUCAAAAACAGAACAGAAAAAUUAACUGUAUCACUCACCCAAUCCAACCUCUUUUUAAAAAUGACUAAAACCCUUUAAAUCUUAAAGUAUAACUUGCCAUUGGUGGGGAAUUUGGGAGAAUUUAGACUAUAAUUUUAAAUCUUUUAAAUAUUUCAAGUCUUCAUCCACUGCCUUAAAAACAUGACUUUAAUUGUUCUGUAUCAGGGGCUAGCAGACAGUGACCCACAGUUGGCCACCUGUUUUUAUAAACAAAAUUGUAUUAGAAAAUACCCAUAUCAUUUGUUUAUAUAUUGUCUGUUGUAGUUUUUGCACUGCAAUAGCACAACUGUACCGGACAGAGACCAUUUGGCUCACAGGCCCAAAGCUUAAAUCUGGCACUUUAAGAAAACGUUUGCUAGCACCUGCUCUAUAUUUUUAUGAAAUUAGUGAAACAGGAAGAAGAAUUGCAACUAAGCAAGAAUUAAAGCUUAGUAAUGAAUUUAGAGCCAUUAUUGGACUGAAGGAAUCCACUGAAGUCAAGCACAAAAGCAAGAAUGGGGAAUGCUGAUAUAGAGUCCAAGAAUAAGUUCAACAUUUCCAGGAAUCAGAACAGGAGGACAUGGAAGAGAAGUUGUCACAACCUGAUCAUUCAGUCUUACUUGUAGCUAUUGCCAUGUUAUGAGUGUAUGUCUAUGUUCCUGUCUGCUACUAACGGUGAGUCAUUCUUAUAAGUAAAAUAAAUAUGAAUAGGAUUAUAUAUAGAGAGUAUACUUUAUGCAAAUCCCAUCACUGGUGUUCUAAGAAAUAACACACGGAAGCAAAUUAAUUCCUUACAUUGUCAGUUUUGACCUGUGAUUCUGUGUCCUGUCCCUUCACGGGACAUCCAAAUGUAACAUUCAAAUACUACCAAAUAAACUUGUCAGCAUUUCUAAGUUUGUAUGAUUAUUUGCCAAAGGCUGCUGUUCUUUGCAAAUACUUUAACUAGAAAUGCAAAGGAAAGAAGUAAAUGUUUUGGCACAUAAUGAAAUGAAGUUAGAAACUGAUCUAAACUCUAAAUUAGAAAAAGCAGUAUCAAUUUCAACAGCAAGACCAAAAUCAGGGAAAGCCGACAAAAUAUUUUCAUCAUUAAAAAGGAAAAGAACUUUUAUAAAUCAACAUGUAACCAAAUGCCAGCUUAUAGAUGUUUUUGGACAAUUCUUAGCAAUUCAACUAAUAGAAAUGUGAAUAUGAAAGAUAAGUUUCUAUGUCUGAAAUGUUUGUAACAAAAUAAAGAUAAAAACUAUCAGGUCAA